UGAUAUUUAGUCUAAGUAUUCCGAGCAACGGUGGAACAACGGUUUAGAAAGUGCGCUAACAAACUUUUGGAACUUUUUUCCAACUAGAAGUGUUUAUUUAAGGUUUGGAAACAAAAUAGCUUUCUAAAUAUAAAGAAUAGUUGAGACCAGAGUUUGCAGCACAAAAAUUCCAUUUGCAGUAUAACACCAGUGGUUGCUUCUACCGAAAUGUAUGCGGGCGAUAUGAGGGUGCAUUUUCCGUGACACAUUAUUCAAAAUUACAAAUAUACAACUUGAAGGCACGUUUGCUUGCCGCGCUUGGUCAGCGUUUCCGAGACUCCACUAAAUGUUAAAAGUGUUCCAGGUGAAUGACUCUUUUGAAUGCUAUCGGCUUCCGGUCAAGCCACCCUUUGACUUUCGUCACGACAACGUUGCCGUGUGCAUGUGUAAACAUUGUGUGAUAUAUGUACACACAAAAGUACAUAUGAGCUUGCUUACAAACAUAGUUACCGCAAAUGACGGAGCCAUGAACUGAGGUGGUGUUGCUCAAGUUUCGGACCAUUCAAGUAAACACAAUUGUUAUUAUUUCUGAUGAAUUAUAGUGCAUAACGCCUCAUAUUGAGGCACAUGAUGGUUGAGCUAACAAAUCUUACAUUUUAAUUGUGUGUGUACCUAUUUGUGAACUGAUGUGCGUGGUGAGAGUAACGAUGUUUCGUGUUUUAACUAAUUUAGAGGAUCUUAGAAAGCAUACUCGUAACAUUUGCUUACUGUGACACUGCUUAAAUUUGUGUUGUUUCAACGAUAGACGUGUCUCUAUUUAAAUUAUAAUAUUUGUAUGUAUGUAUGUGUAAAAAUUAAAAUAAUAUAAAAUAAAAAAAAAUUAAAUUAACAAAUAUAUAAAAUUCGAAAGUGAAAAUUCUUUGUGUAGUGAAAUUAUAGUUGUCUAUAUUCGAAAGCAAAAAAUGUAUUUAAUGAUACGUGCAGUCAAAUACCACAUAAAAACGUCAUAGCUUUGUACUACAUGGAUCAUGGAGAGUAACUUGACUUACUCGCAACGAAAUUACAAGCCGCAACAAAUAUGCGCCACCAAAAGAAAUGCUUGGAUUAUGCAAAUUACAACUCAACUGCCAUUAAAAUUACCAGCUUUCAUCGACAUAGUAAAAAACAACAACAGCCUAAAGAGUUUCUCAUAUUUUCAAGAGAUCCAUGACUAUAUUUACACCGCACAACGAUCUUGAAUUUAAUGCGAUUUGAAAAUGAGGAUUAUGUAUCGACGCACAAUUCAUUUAUUUUCCGUAUUUCUGAUGUUUCUCAAACCAAACGACACAAUUGGUGCUAUCUUGGAUUCACGUUGUUAUCUUGAAGGUGGAGGUUCAGCAGAGAGCUUUCUUGCCAAUGAAGAUCUCGAAGUGGGAGCUAUUAUUGGAAAGUUACGAAUAAAUGGAAAUCCUGAGUUAGAAGAAGGGGAUAUUGAUUUAUCUCUACGCGAAAAGGACGCACCAAUCGAGAUAAUAUCAGGAACCAAGAAUUUAUCAUUAGCUGUGGAAUUGGACAAGGAAGGAGUUCUAGGACCCUCUUCAAUUUAUGUAAAUGUAAUUUGUAGUCGACGUCGGUCUACCGAUCCGAGUUUUGUAAUUCCCGUAAACGUACGCGUAAUCGAUGUCAACGACAACGCCCCGAUUUGGGUGGGUGCACCAUACACUUUAACGCUCAGUGAAGUCACUGUAUCCGGUACAAGAAUACUCCAAGGUGCACAUGCCGAAGACGCAGAUCAGCCGGGUCCAUUUUCCACUGUUGAAUACCAAAUAUUACCUGGCCCGUAUUCGGGUUAUGUACAGUUUUUGAACCCUCUCGAAGGUACAUUAGUGCUGAAAAAGACGUUGGACUACGAAACUAUGCAAAAUUUUACUGUGAAACUUAGAGCUCAAGAUCAGGGCAGUCCACCCAAAUAUACGGACACAACACUAAAGGUAGUAAUUACAGAUGCAGAUGAUCAAAAUCCUAAAUUUCAAUAUGAAUCCUACACUGGAGAGCUUCCAAACGAUGGGCGACCCAGUGAAUUGAGAUUACGUCCAGAACCAAUUAAAGCCGUUGACCAAGAUGAAGGCAUUUGUGCGCCAAUUCAGUAUACAAUUGUGCAAUCACAAGAUACGAAGUACUUCCGAAUUCAUCCGCACAGCGGCGUUAUUACAUUACUAACACCCAUUGGCUAUGCGGAUUUAGUUAAUGGCGCUACACUGGUGGUGAAGGCGACACAGAUAGACAAUGCUGAUCGCUAUGCCUUGACAACAGUUAUGUUAACACGCCAAGGAACGCGUGUUGAUAUAACACCGUUGUCAUUUGUACAGCAAAAGUUUUUCAUGCGCAUACGCGAGGAUACGGCUGUGGGAAACCGUAUUCUAGCAUUACCCUCUAACAAACCGGGUAAACAUUUGAAAUAUACAAUACUGGACCCAGAGAAUUCGCAAUUUUUUAGUGUGGGGUCAUUAGGCGAAGUAAUCUUAGUUAAACCUCUGGACUAUGAGAAGAUGACAAAACAUGAUUUUCAAGUAAUGGCAACGGAUGGCUUGACAAAUAUUACGGCAGCUAUAACGAUGGAAGUGAUCGACGUAAACGACUGGGAACCUAGAUUCCGAGAGACACAUUAUGAAUUUGUGGUCCCAAAAAGCCAGGCUCUUCACGCGUCACCUGAAUCAUUUGAAGGCGUAAUGAUUGGAAAAGUUGAAGCCGCUGAUGGGGAUCGUAACGACAAACUUGAGUUGUCGUUAAGAGGACAACAUGCUGGGCUUUUCGAAAUAGAUUCUAAGGGAUGUAUUUACAUGCGACCAGAGCAAUUACAAGGAUUUAAUGAAUCCACUGUUCAUUUGGUAGCCACAGCAACUGAUUCUGGUGUUCCGCCACGCAGUACUUCUGUGCCAGUCACAGUGACCAUGGAAAGGCUCACUCUUGCACAAACAACAUGGGGUUCCAAUUUCAUAGGAAUGUUAGGCAUGAUCAUAAGUGUAUUUAUUAUUGUUAUUAUUAUUCUGACAUGCUACAUCAUCCACUCGAAGAGCAAACGGCGAAAGGGCACACCUCCUUUAGGACGGAAUCGAGUUCACAGCCAUGCACACAGCACAAUGUCUUCCGCCAACUUAGUCACUCACGAGAAAAUUUCCAAUAGUGCUAAUGGAACUGUGGUCACGAGCGGCAAUAGUGGAGUGUCCGUGCUGCAUAUGAAGCAUGACGGAAAUAUGUCAAUGUCAAACCCAAUUAGUAGUGGUCUUAAUCAUUCUGGAGUUGGCAAGGUAUGUUCCACCGUUCUGGCUACAAAUUUGGAACGUGAGGCUAAACGUGAUCAAGAGCGUGAUCGGGAAAAGCAGCGUGAAAGUUAUGCCGCAACAGUGAGAAUCAUUCUUCCAGGUAUAGUGUCACGGGCCUCUGCCAACGGACAGUUGUACGAAGAAGAUGAAAUCGAAAAUGACUCCAUUUCAAACCAGAAUAACAGGGUAUUAGAUAACAACAAUAAAAAGGCUGCAUGGGAAGAGUCAACUAGUUUACAAAGAGGAUCAACGGCGACAACAAAUUUAGACUGUAACGCUGUUAGAGCUUCGAACCUUCUGGCAGCAGCAGAAACAAUGGGUUCCUCGGAAAAUAAUUUAACUGUAUAUUUUUAAAUAUUCUGUAAUGUAAACAAAAGCUUCCCCAUAAACACAAUACCGGCUAAGAGGUAGUAGUAGGUAAUUAAUUUUUGAUUAGUUUAGUGCUAGUUUAAGUAUAAGAAUAGAGUCAUUUGAAUAAUUAUCAUUCCACUUAUUAUCGUAUUAUUAAAGUUAUUAUUUAUUUACCCUAUAUAUUUCCAAACUAAAAUUUCUAAAUAUAAUAAUUAAAAACUUUAAAUACUCGAUGUACGAUCAUUUCCCGGUAUUAUUAUUCAGAUACAUGCAUACAUAUGUAUGCACAUACAUAUAUGGAUAUCCAUAUUCUGUAAAACUUAUUCGAGUCUUGAUGUUCUAAUUUAUAUUCAACAAUAACAUAAAAUUAGAAGCUUCAUAGUAUGAUAUAUUUAAAAAAUGGUACGUUUUCAAAUAUGUAUACUAAAAUAUUAAUAUCAAAUUUGAUGCUUUAAACUCUUAAGCUUUUUGUGUAAGCAACUUUGCAAAAGUCAACUGAAAGUCGAUAAACUUUUACCACACCUAUUUAUGUGUAAUAUUUUCUAAUAAUAUACAUACAUAUGUAUGGUCAUUAAAAUAAUUUCUGUAUGUAGUUGAAAGUCCAAAGCAUAUUAAUUAAUUCUACCGUUAGUCAUACAUUACCCAUGGUGCACCUUUCUUAGUUUAAGAUACUAUUGUAUGAUUAUAUAGAUAAUAUAAUAUCUGUAGUAGCAUUAAUACAUAUAUGCUACAAUAAUAUAGUUCGAACAUGGUCAAACAUAAUUACUAAUUGAUUAGAGCAAAGAGCUUACAACCAAGCUACAGAUAUUAUCAAAACGCAGCAAGUCAAUCGUCUAACUAUUAAACCCUACUAUAGAUUUACAUUUGUAUGUAUGUUAAUGUUUACAUGAGUUUGUUAAGAUCAAGUUUACAAAACUACCAGAAACUCUUGUACUCUUAUAUUCAUAAUGUUAAUGACUUGCAUUCCAAAUUUCCAUAAUAAUUCUUUCAUUGGAUUGUAGUUUCGUAUAUACGCACCUUAUUGUAGAGGUUAGAUAUUCAAUAUUCAUUGUCCACUAAUUUUUGCCCAUUCCAGCAUGAUCUUAACAUAGGUACAAUAUUGUGUGACGCUUGAUUCCUUAUCAGACCAUCGCAGUAUCGACUUGAUAAAACAACGUCGUGUAUAUUUCCAAAAUCCCUCAAUCAUAACGAUGCUAUAUAUGACUUCAUAUGGAAAUAAUAUUUGUCCUAUUUAGUAAAUUAUUACCUCUGUUUUAAGUACCCUUUUGUCUAAAGCGAAUUUUUAAUGUCUUACUCUUACACCCAA